GAUCACUGUUAUACAACACAAAUUGUCAAGGAACAAGACUGCUACAAUGCUAAUAAUGCCAGUAGGAGUGAUUUUAUCGAAAGGUUAAUUGCUGAAGUAUUUUCGAGGGAAACUUUAUGGAAUUCAGUAUUGCCGUAUAAACUUAGAGGACCAUCGGAGACAAAAUCAUUAUGGACCGAGAUAGAUACUUCUUUAGAUGUAAAUCCUGGUACCAGCCAGGUAAAAUGGAAGAAUCUGAGAGACCGCUUUGUAAAAGAGCAUGCUAUACAAUGUACUUAUAUCGCAAGUGGCAGUGGACUUGUAAAAAAGAAGAGUACCUGGCCAUUUUACGAAAGCUUAUGUUUCUUAAUACCAACGAUAAAUUAUAGAAAGACUAUAAGUAAUAUUGAAAAUAUUAAUCCAUCCAAGAUGUUACUCUUGUCACAAACAAAAGAUAUUUCUUCGCCUGUUCCUGGUACAAGUAACAUCACAAAGAAAGGAAGCAGUACUUCGUACCAAUCAAUAUCAGUGCAAAAGAGUGUAUUAAAUACGCAGCUACAAUCAAAGAAGAAAGGUAAAGCCAGUAGACAAGAUUCAGACAGCUCUAAUAUCAGUGAAAUGGAGACUACAAGUAGAGACUACAAAAGGAAUCA